GUGUGUGGCGAUCGGGCAAUUGGCUAUAAUUUUGGUGCCCUAACGUGUGAGUCCUGUCGCACGUUUUUUCGCCGCAAUGCCAGUCGUGUUGAGAUAUUUGUCUGUCCUCUCGGCAACAAUUGUGUGAUAAAGCUUUUAAUGAGAAAGUGCUGCAAAAAGUGUAGAAUUGAUAAAUGUUUUGCCAUCGGAAUGAAGAAAAAACGAGUUGCACUCAAAUGUGACCAAUUAAUACGUGAUGAAAAUCUCAAAAAUGUCAAUACAACUUACAAUCCAUUAGAUAUUAAUACGAAUUUGUCAAAUGAUUUUAAUGAAAUCAACAAAAUGGACACUAAAAUACCCUCUUUUAUCAAAGGCUUUAUAUUUAACUUCAAUGAGUUAGAGAUGAAUAGAUUUAAAGAGUUAUUCAAUUCAGUGGCUGUCGUUAGGAAUCGCACCGUAAGAACGAUAGCAUAUGAGACGGUGUGUGUGUCGGACGCGCUUCAGAUAUUGCAAAACAGGGCUGAUAUUAAGUUUGCAUUAAUGGUUAAAAUGUCGACAAAUAUUAAUGGAUUCAAAGAGUUGUGCGAAAACGACAAGAUUGUGCUCUUGAAGGCCGGCUGCCCUCAGAUCAUGUUUUUGCUCAAUAUUAGAGAUUAUGACUUCGAGGGCCAGUUCUGGACGAUUCCCAUUGACAAUGAAAGGGCAACGAUAUUACGGAUGAGUGUAAUGAAGGGUUGGAAUGAAAUUGUGGUUCAAAUCCAUAAGAAAUUUUUAUUACAACAGAAGACAUACAUGUAUUUACUUCAACGGUAUUUAGAGAUUAAACACAACUCGAAGUCAGAAUCGGAGACACGUUUCGGGCGUUUAACCAUUCGUAGGCAUUCUUACGAGAAAAGUCUCGGAAUGAGUUUAAAACUGUUGGCUAAAAUCAGCGGU